UAUCAACACCCCACCACACCACCUCUCCCUAUCUCUUGCCACUCGCCAUCAUCACCCUUCACUACCCUCCGCCCACUAUCAAUCCGUAAGUCAACUUUCCCGCCUUUUUCGAUAUCAACCACACCCCCGCGCUACUUCCAAGCGAGCCUGAUGGAGCCCAAAGCAUGAUGCUGACACUAUCUUUCGCCCAAUUGCCCUUUCCUAAUUCUCUCGACUUUUUUUAUACUUUGCCCUCGUCAUCCACACUACUCAAUGGCUUAUGCUUUACGGCGCUCGCACCUUUCCUACCACCCCUGCUGUGUAAUUCAAUGUUGGCCGUCACCAACCUGUCGGCUGUCGGUGCGGUUUUGGUGUUACAUUUUGGCAUUGUCCGCCCCACCUAUCCACCAUUCCUCUCGCGAUACUCGGCCUCGAUGGUAUCACCACCUGAAUUCCCCUCUACUACGGCCCCCCUCCCUCUGACUCAACCCUUGGCUGAAAUGACGCCACCCAUCUUCGCAACAUCCCGCAUACCGGCACACAAUUAAAUCAUGCAUCUCCCCCACUUCCCC